AUGGGCCCCUCGUUGCACUCUAGGAUUAUCGUCUGCCUGGCCCUCACCUUGGCUCAGGUGAUCGCCGUGACCUGCCAAGAAGACACUAAGAAUGACAGCUGUACAGAAAAUGGAAAAGUCUACCGCAACUAUGAGACAUGGAGCCCAGAGCUGUGUCGGGUCUGUGUGUGCGACUCGGGGGCUGUAGUGUGUGAGGACGAGGUGUGUGAGGAACUGAGUGGCUGCCAGAUGGCGGUGACUCCAAAGGGCGAGUGUUGCCCCGUGUGCUCGACUCACACGACAGAACCUAAAGCAGAUACCUGCACAGAAAAUGGCACGACCUACUCCAACAAUCAGAUAUGGAGCCCAGAGCCGUGUCGAGUCUGUGUGUGUGACACGGGGACUGUGGUGUGUGAGGAGGUGGUGUGUGAAGAGCUAGGCGACUGUGAGACCACUGAGGUGCCUCAGGGCGAGUGCUGCCCUGUGUGCUCAGCAGCCACGCAACAGCCUCCGAACACGGACAAUAAAACUGAUUCCUGUACAGCGGAUGGCAAACUCUACUCCAACAAUCAGAUAUGGAACCCAGAGCCGUGUCGAGUCUGUUUGUGUGAAAUGGGGACGGUGGUUUGUGAGGACAUGGUGUGUGAGGAUAUAGGUGACUGCCAGACCACAGAGAUCCCAGAGGGCGAGUGCUGUCCCGUGUGCUCAGUCGCUCAAACUGACACCUGCACAGAAAAUGGAAAAGUCUAUGCCGACAACGACAUGUGGAGCCCGGAGCCGUGUCGGGUGUGUGUGUGCAAUAAGGGGACCGCCAUGUGUGAGGACGUGGUUUGCGAGGACCUCGGUGACUGCCAGAAAACGGUGACCCCAGAGGGCGAGUGUUGCCCUGUGUGCUUGACUGCAGCUUCAACACUUAUUCCCAGUACAGACCCCGCAACAGCUGCAGAUGAGAAGAAGGAGGAAAACUGCAAAGUCAAUGGGGAGGUCUACCAUCACAAUGACAUCUGGAAACCCGAACCUUGCCGCGUGUGCGUCUGUGACAACGGCGUCACUGUCUGUGAUGAGAUACAGUGCGAGGUCCUGUCAAACUGUGAGAAGGCUGUCACGCCCGCGGGAGAGUGCUGCCCUGUGUGCGACAACUUUGCAAGUGCCAGCAGGAUGAUAGAAAUUAUGGGCCUCAAGGUGGUGGGGAUUCCUGGAUCUUCAGGACCCACGGGUCCUCCGGGGGCUCAGGGAAGCCCUGGACCAAGAGGCUUUAAAGGCAGACGGGGUUUCCCAGGGCCUCCAGGAUUUGAUGGCGAGCCCGGUAUACCAGGAAAUCCAGGAGAACCGGGACCACCUGGGCAUCCCUCGCAUCCUGGGGGUAACCUAGUGACACAGAUGGCUUCGGGUUUUAGCGAGAAGUCGGGUCCAUCUGCGAUGCUAACAGGAUCCAGGGGUGAAGCAGGACCACGAGGACUUCUAGGACCGCCUGGACCACCAGGUCCUGCUGGUGGUCAAGGAAUUCCUGGAGAAGCUGGAGAUCCAGGACCGAUGGGGGAGCCGGGUCAUCGAGGACCUGAUGGACCACCAGGAAAACCUGGACUUGAUGGACAACCCGGACCUGCAGGAGCAACCGGAGAACCAGGAUACCCGGGAUCAGUGGGUGCAAGAGGAUUCCCAGGACUGCCAGGUAAUCCAGGACUGAGAGGACACAAAGGACACAGUGGACUUGUUGGACCAAGAGGCGAGUCUGGAGCAGCUGGAGCGAAGGGUGCUUCUGGUACUCCUGGUGCAAUGGGAGCUCCUGGUCCAGUGGGACCACCUGGGAUGCAGGGAGAAAGAGGCCGAGCCGGAACGACCGGCCCUGUGGGUAAACGUGGCACACCUGGCCAUGUUGGUAAACCAGGUCCUCUGGGGCCAAUAGGAAUCCCCGGUAUACCAGGAUUUCCUGGUAGCCCUGGAAUGAAGGGUGAAGCGGGACCGACAGGGGUCAGAGGAAGUCCGGGACAGCAGGGGCCAAGGGGCGACGUUGGGCGUGUCGGGCCACCUGGACCCAUAGGACAGCAGGGCGCGUCAGGACAGGAUGGAGCUCUGGGUCCCCGCGGCUCAGCGGGUAUAGCCGGUCUCCAGGGUCCACCUGGUAUGGUUGGUCCCCCUGGCCCCCCCGGCCCCCAGGGUUCAACAGGAGCUCUUGGAGCAAAAGGCCAACUGGGUGAUGUUGGAGCUCCUGGAUUCAAGGGAGAGGCUGGAGUGAAGGGAGAGCGAGGUGACCAUGGUGCACCAGGUCCCUUAGGCCCCAUGGGAGAAGAUGGAAAGCGUGGACCCCGAGGCGAUGCUGGAUCCAUCGGGCCUCCAGGACCCCCAGGAGAGACAGGACCACCAGGAAAUAGGGGUUUCCCUGGUGCUGACGGUUUACCAGGCCCAAAGGGAGCCCAGGGCGAGAGAGGGCUGCCAGGAUCUUCAGGCGCCAAAGGUUUAUCUGGAGAUCCAGGACGCAACGGAGAGUCGGGUUUGACAGGAGCUCGGGGUCUCACAGGUCUCAUAGGUGCCCAGGGAGCGGAGGGGAAGCAAGGACCGGUGGGAUCCGCUGGAGACGACGGCAAACAAGGCCCAGCCGGUUCAACUGGAAACAGAGGCCCAGCUGGGCCGAUGGGCCUGCCGGGACCAAAGGGCUUCCUAGGUGAUGCUGGGAAGGCUGGAGAAGCUGGAAGUCCAGGAGCUCCAGGUCAAAGGGGACCAAAUGGAAAAGAUGGAGAGAGAGGCGCCGCCGGUCCACCUGGCCCAGCUGGUCCUGCAGGGAAGAGAGGAGAGCAGGGAUCUCAGGGAGUGUUUGGCUUCCAGGGUUUGCCCGGAACACCAGGCCCACCUGGAGAGUCAGGAAAGCCAGGUGACAAGGGUCUUGCAGGAGAGAUUGGGGAAGUUGGCGCUACGGGACCAAGAGGAGAGAGAGGUUCUCCAGGAGAAAGAGGUGAAACUGGGCCCAAUGGGCUGCAGGGACCCAAAGGUAGUCCAGGUGCACCCGGACCAGAUGGGCAAAAGGGUAGCCCUGGACCCAAGGGUGCUGCUGGAGAGCCAGGAGGUCCAGGACUUCAGGGGAUCCCAGGAGAAAGAGGCAUAUCCGGACCUUCAGGCCCGAAGGGAGAUGCUGGCGCUACUGGAGAAAAAGGACCAGAAGGAAAGGCGGGGGCUGAUGGAGCGAGGGGGCUUCCUGGUCCCAUUGGACCUGCUGGUCCCAGUGGACCAAACGGAGUGAAGGGUGAAACCGGCCCAUCGGGACCAACAGGGCGCAGAGGAACAAGAGGAAUCGCUGGAUCUACUGGUGAGCCUGGUCCGACUGGUGCUGCUGGCUUCCCUGGACCUCCUGGUCCUGAUGGUCAGCCUGGGGUCAAAGGUGAAACAGGUGAGCCAGGUCUGAAGGGAGAAGCAGGAUCACCUGGACCUCAGGGCGUGGCUGGAAAACCAGGAGAACAGGGACCUGUUGGUGUGACCGGGCUGAAAGGUGGCAGAGGAACAAAGGGUCCAACGGGCUCCCCUGGUUUUCCUGGAUUGCCUGGAGGAGUUGGUCCACCUGGUCCUCUUGGUGCAGUUGGAGCAGACGGGCCUAUAGGUGCUCCAGGAAAGCAGGGUCCUUCCGGGAUUCGAGGAGAGAAUGGAGGUCAGGGACGUCAAGGCGAGCAAGGACCUCCAGGGCCACCCGGCGGAUCUGGAGAAAAAGGAGAAUCUGGAGAGGACGGUCCUCCUGGUCCUGAUGGGCCUCCAGGACCUGCUGGCGCCGCAGGGCAGCGAGGAAUUGUCGGCCAGCCCGGAGUCAGAGGAGAGAGAGGCUUGCUGGGACUGCCAGGUCCUGCUGGUCCACCGGGAAAAGCAGGAGCACCUGGACCUCAGGGAAGCACUGGUCCUCCUGGGGGUAUCGGUUUACCAGGAGCCACUGGGCCACGAGGAGAUCCUGGACCUGAGGGUAUUGCUGGAGCUGAGGGGCCUCCUGGUAAGGACGGCCUAGUCGGAGAAAGGGGUGACAGGGGCAAUCCUGGCCCAGAGGGUCUGGCUGGUGGUCCAGGGUCUCCAGGUACUGAGGGUCCAGUGGGAAUAACAGGCAGUCCAGGUCAAAUGGGUGAAAACGGUGAAAGAGGCCCUCCUGGACCCCAAGGACAGCCAGGAAUACGGGGAAAAGUUGGCCCUCAAGGACCACAGGGGGACAAAGGAGCUGCUGGAGAGCCUGGGGAGAGGGGUCAGAAAGGUCACAGAGGAUUCACCGGGCUCCAAGGCCUGCCAGGAACAGAAGGUGCCACAGGAGACGCAGGAGCUAUAGGAGUCGUUGGACCAAGCGGUCCGAGGGGGCCUCCUGGAGUGGUCGGUCCUCCAGGUAAGGAAGGAAACAUUGGCCACCCUGGAGCUAUGGGUCCUCCUGGAAGCAGAGGGAGCAGUGGAGACGUUGGCGCACAGGGCCCACCUGGUGAACCAGGCCCCCCCGGCCCUCCAGGAUCCCCAGGACCUCCCACCUCGCUUUCCGAAGACCUUUUUGCUGGCCUGGUCGAUUACGAAGCACAAGGAAUUCCUGAAGCUGUGGAAUUCAUUGAGGACACUGUGGCCGCCGAACCUCCUCUCCUUCCCGAAUUCAACAAAGAUGAAGCCCUUCCCAACAAGAACUCGGCCACACUGCGGGCAGACACUGGCAUCCACGCCACGCUGAAGAGCCUCAGUGGAAAUCUGCAGAACUUCCGCAGUCCUGACGGCAGCAAGAUGAACCCUGCAAAAACCUGCCAGGACAUCAAGAACUGCUACCCACAGAAAAGCAGCGGUCAGUACUGGAUUGAUCCAAACCAAGGAAGCGUAAAAGAUGCUAUCAGGGUCUUCUGCAAUAUGGAGACUGGUGAAACCUGCAUCUCUGCCAACCCACCCAACAUUCCCCGCAAAGCCUGGUGGACGAAAUCAAGGCCCAAUGACAACAAACCCAUCUGGUUCGAGGCUGACAUGAACGGUGGCACCAGGUUCCGCUACGGCAACAAGGAGGAACAACCAAACGCGGUGGCCGUGCAGCUGAAGUUGCUACAGCUUUUGUCCAAAGAGUCGCACCAGAACGUCACCUACCACUGCAGGAACAGCGUUGCUUACAACGACGAGAACAGUGGGGAUCUGAAGAAAGCACUGGUCCUCAGAGCCUUCAAUGGUCAAGAACUGAGAGCCCAAGGCUCCAACCGGCUACGAUAUACCGUCAUUGAGGACGGCUGCUCGAAAUCAAAUGGCGCAUGGGGUCGGACGGUGAUUGAGUACAGGACUCAAACUUCCACCAGGCUGCCUAUCAUGGACUUGGCCCCCAUGGACAUCGGACAAGCUGAUCAGGAGUUUGGUCUGGACAUCGGCCCUGUGUGCUUCUCAUAAAACAAGAAUCCCCAACACAGGGUUGACUGAAACUGAGUAACAUCAUCAUCAGGAAUUAUAGGGAACAGGACAGGGAAGGGGGGACUUCUUUUUCUGGGAGAAAGACGAAGGCCAGAUGUUUCACAGAAGUUGCUGAAGCACAGCGAACGAGAGCUUCACAACCGCUAGGAUAUAAUUUAUUCACCUCGUCGAUAAAUUCACCGAACUCUAGACAAGUUCUCUGCAGUUUAGAUGGAAUGUAACCUUGCAUGAACUGUGGAAAAGUCUUUGCAGACGAGUUAACAUAAGAAGUGAAGGUUUACAGUGAAUAAAAGCAUUCAAACCUUUUCAUUUUUAUGGCUUUUUUUUUCAGUACAUGCACAUCCAAAGGCCAGGAUAGAGAGACAGAGAGAGAGUUAACAGUAGUUAUUAAUUUUCAUUGAAAAGUAUGUUUGAACUAAAUUAUUAAGUUUUGUGCAGAAACUCAUUUAGCGGAAACCAUUUGUAUCUCCUUUUUAA